ACGAGCUCCUAUUGUCCUAUUAGAAGUCAGGAAAGUUACGUUGCAAGAUUCGAUGGUAGCAGAGUCUGCCUCUUGAGGUACUAAGGCCAUCAUCCCUGCCGAGCGGUCUAACAACAUCCUUGCUCCCUAGGCGUGAUGACGCCCCUGCAAGCAUGGGUCGACACUACGCCCGUGCGCAACCAUACUAGUGAAGGAUCCAAAUCAGCCGGAAACCGUUCGUUGUUGGAGGGGUGGGUGCACGACAAGUUCAAGGAACAGACGCCUCUGACCGAGAAUGGAAGCGCGACAUGCCAGUUUUUUCAUGGACCAGAGGGGUGGGAUUCAUCCUGCAGAGGAAGCAGGUCGACAACGAUUCCCUCGACCGAUGGAGAGCUUCGGGCGGCCAUCAGAGCACUAAAGUCUUCGACCAGGACGAUUGAGCGGCGGACGCGGAUCCUCCGGGCACAAGGUGCACAGCUGAAGCAACUGGAGGACGUUGAAACCGCUAUUGAUGCUCGAAAGGCCAGACAAGAACAAUACCUCGACCAAAAACACGCCGCUGAAGUGCAACACGUCAAGUUUGCUAAUGAGCAACUUUUCGAGGCUCUAAGGUCAGCUCUUCGAGCCGAGUUCGAGCGCAUUACCAAAGAAGUCAGAUCAACCGCCGCGGUUGUUACGGAGCUCCUUAACUCGGACGAUCGCGCACUUUCCGAGCUCAAUGACCUCUCGUCCUCCAGCGCCAAGGAAGGAUGUCAAAUCGAUCUCGAAGCAUUGACUGAUCGAGUGAACAAACUUACACGUGCCUUGCAGUAUUUUCGCACUCAGACGGUCAAAGAUCGUCUGGAUCUUACGUAUCUGGAAUCACUCAGCAACGCCGAGGACGUGUCUGACGGUACGCUCGACACUGUGCAAGAAGACCUAGACUCUCUAUACUCGGAGAUUGAUGAUGUGGUGGGGAUGGUUGUGGCUCAGGAACAUGGUAACACACUUCAUGCAGCUCUUCAGGAUGUGCGCCGGGUGCGAAAGCAGGACGAAAGGAGACUCAAUCAAAGGGUUGACGGACAACUUUGCUCUCUCACGGAUGCCGUUGUUCAUCUCGCAAAGAGGCUGGAAAGCCUGCAAUCUCGACGACUCAACUUACACGACCUGGACUUCCAGCUUAAGCAUCUCGAGCCCAGUACUCGCUCUAAUACCAAACCGAUCGUCGACCAGGCAGGGGCCGAGUCAAAAGAUAUCAUUGAUCCCGCAGCAAAAGCUUUGAUCCAUCAUCUCGGCAUCACCGCGGGAAGCGGGGACCGAAAGACCUCUGAGACCGCGGCCAUUACGGGCCAGCUCCACGACCUGAGUUUGAGUUUGGACUGUCAGUCAGCAGGGAAUGUUCUGAGAAUCCUACAGCUGUCAGAUCAAGCGGCUGCAAUGCGAGGCGCUGCAGUGCAACGUACUUCAGAUGCACUCGCGCCGCAUCACUCGUAUGAGCUUGAUGUUCGGGAACUGGAGGAGAUGAUCGCAGCCGCGAAAACAGAGACGGAGCGAGGAAUCACCUGAAGCUGCGGCUAGCACGAGCCGAUCUGACAACAUUGGCAUCCCGCUAUCAGUGCGAAUGCAGCCUGUGCCUGUGGACAGGGUCAGCUACGCGCGGCCUUCGUGUCCCAGGACAGUUCGACUUUGGUCCUAGCAGUCACCAUGCAAAUAUGGUACAAUUCACAAAGCCGCUUUGAUUACGGCUCUUCCUCAGGCCUGUCCUCCUCAUUGCGGCACUUCAGGCGACACCGGAGGCCCGAGAUGAGGGUGCAAGAUAUAACGAAAGAGACAAGUCCAGAUUCUGGAGUCUACAAUUUCAUUCCACGGCACGUGUUCAAAUCAGAAGUGUCAAAGUCUGAGCCAUGGAACUUUACGAGCGAGCGUUCAUAGUUCACACAGGCAAUCAAAUUGCUCUGCUGCUUGCGGUUCAGAAGAAAGGAAAAUGCCUCUCGUUAACGUGAUCUAUCCUUGAUCUAUCCCAGUACGAUUCAUUAUA